AUGGAAAUCGACUUGGAAGUCAGAUUCAGCUGCCGAGACAAUUCAGAACCCGACGCCGACUACGGAAGACAUCCCACGCCGAGCCUGCGGCUUCUGGAGCUUUUUGGUUGUCGAUGGAGGAGGUACUUCAAAAGGCGCUAUUACACAACCGAAUUGCGCACAAGCACCAACCUCGAGUUGAUCCUCGCCAUGGACCAGCCAGAUCUCUCGAACAGCAUCUCGCUGCACCCGCAUCCUUUCAAAACUCAGUCGGACUCGGCCAGCCGCCUGGCGCGAUCCCCAUCGCCUAUGUCGAGAGGCGGUGCAAGCACUGCCGUGGAAGCCACGGAUGGCGGUGACGACGCGGCAGUCGCCCGCCAUCCCGCAGUAACGGUGUCGGACGUCGAAGUCGAGAGUCAGCGCGCAGGCCGGUUUGCACUUGUCGGCGCGGGGAAUGACCCGUACGGCCUCUCCCAGCGAUACAAGACGGCCUCGGAACUGGCCGAGAUCAAAGCAAACACGUCUAGGAAGCGCGAUGCUGCCCAUCAGCCAGCCGGGACUGCGAGUAAAUCCAGGCUGUCGGCAACCAGCAACCUUGCGCGGUACAUCAAACCAUUCGGUCACAAAGCGACCACGGCGCGGCGUCUCGAGGGGUUCUACCAGGCGCAGAACGAGACCAUCGAGCGAUUGCUCAAGAGCGUCGAGGAGCACUGCGCCGAGGCUCGACAGGAGCAGGGCGAGGAUCACCUGAAAUUCAAGAUCGCCGUCUGGGGCUCUCUCGUGGCGAACGUGGUCCUGUCGGCCCUCCAGCUGUACGCCGCCAUCUCGUCCGGCUCCCUCUCCCUCUUCACCACCAUGGCCGACGCCAUCUUCGACCCGCUCUCCAACGUUACUCUGAUCCUCACCAACCGCGCUGUCCGCCGCGUCGACCCGGCCCGUUUCCCCUCGGGCAAGGCCCGCCUGGAAACCGUCGGCAACAUCGUCUUUUGCUUCCUCAUGACGGCCGUCUCGCUCAUCAUCAUCGCCUUCGCGGCGCGCGAGCUCGCCGAGCAUCAAGACGACGACGGCCUCAAGCCCUUCUUCCUCCCGUCCAUCGUUUCGGUUUGCGCCGCCUUCGCCACCAAGUUCUCCCUGUUCCUCUACACGUGGUCCAUCAAGGACAAGUACUCGCAGGUGCGCAUCCUCUGGCAGGACCACCGCAAUGACCUGCUCGUCAACGGCUUCGGCAUCCUCACGUCGGUCGGUGGCAGCAAGCUGGUCUGGUGGCUCGACCCGGCCGGCGCCAUCUUUUUGUCGGUCGUCAUCUCGUCGCUGUGGCUGCGCACCGCCUUCACCGAGUUCCUGCUGCUCGUCGGCGUCGUCGCGCCCGUCGAGAUCCAGCAGCUCAUCACGUACGUCUGCGUCACCCACUCGCCCGCCAUCAAGCAGAUCGACACGGUGCGCGCCUACCACUCCGGCCCCAGGCUCAUCGCCGAGGUCGACGUCGUCAUGGACCCCGACGCCACGCUCAUGGAGACGCAUGACAUCGCCGAGGAGCUGCAGAUUAAACUGGAGAGGCUGCCGGACGUGGAGAGGGCGUAUGUGCAUGUGGAUUAUGAGACGACGCAUAAGCCUGAGCAUGGGUUCAAGAAGGAUUUGUGAGGGAGGCGCUCUUUUUCGGAAAUCCAUAUAGGAUGAGGUCCGAUGUGAUCGGGUGUGUGUGGGAUGGAGUCGGCGCUCAGGGGCGAUGUGAUUUGUAUGAUAGGUUCGUUGACAGUGGUUGCGGUAUCUCCGCUCCUAUUCCCUUGGAUCGUCUGAUUCCCUUCUAAUGGAAAGGGGUUCUUCUGCUGGGCCGCCUGAAGAAGUUCCUUCAAAGUGAAGAAACUACAAGCUAACCAUCUCCCGGCAGCGCGCAGUGUGUCAUGAGGCUGUAUAUUGGGAUGCCGAGGUUGCCUGCCGCAAGGAGCAGCGCGACGACUGCCAAAAACCCGAGGGUCACUCAAUCG